AUGCCCGGUAUCCGCAUGGAAACUAAGCGAACCGCCAUCUCAUUGAGCGUCGAACGGUCUUUAGCCGGCUCGGGCUUUACGGAGGAAGGCUUGGGCGACCUGGCAGUAUCCCAGCCCUCGUUCCUCCUUCGUGUGGCAUGGCAGCUAGGCGCGAAAUGGUGCUAUAGCCAAACGAUUUAUUUUUUAUAUUCCCCCACCGACCAUAUCUGCCAUGCCACGCAAAGGAAGCAUGAGGGCUUGGAUACUGCUAGGUUACCUAAGCCUAGACAGGGGAAGUCGAGAGGCGGAGGUUGGGCUCGAACCACAUACCUUCCGUGGCCUUUCUUAUUGGCUGCGGUUUCAAUACAACAAAUGACCAACCGGUUGUUGACGGGAGGGGAGUGUCCACAAGGCGUACUAGAUGUUAUCGAAGGUGCCAUUGGAUAUCUAGCACUAUCCAAUGGGUUUGCGGCCAUCGAAUAUGCUGCUCUGCGUAUUUUGUCAAACAUUUUCCUCUCAUUUGUUGAAGACGUUGGUGCAUCUGCGUUGAGCCAUGCGGAGAGUACUGGACGCACGACGAUUCUCCUCAGUGAUGUGAUUUUGGCUCUGAUUGAUUCUGGUUUUGAUCUGAAGGGUCUUGAGGAGCUUCCUCGACGUCGACAAUACAGAGGCUUCAAAGAGCCUAUCGCCAUCGGGAGUUCCAAUGGCCGUGGUGUUGCAUGCUCGGCAAUCAUCGGCCCUAGCGGAGCCACCAUCAUUCCUAGACCUUUGUCACUUCGCUCUGAUUGGCCACCAUCCGGCCGCGGGAUGGGCAGUGGGAAUGUUCAACACAAUACUACUUGUGCUGUCCCGGAACAAAGUUUGCCUCCUCCAGCUCCUGCCCACUUGCAUCUUCCUGGACUACCCGAGCCUCACACAUUUUUGCAUACCAAGGUUAAACGACCGCCGGUGACCAGUGACCCCAUAUCCCUCCGGCGGCGUGUUGCUGAGCAGCGCCGCAAAGUUCAGCAAUCGCUUGUGCAAUUUCUAUCCCGUAUUCAACCAGUGCAAUAUUUGUUUCCAGGCGAUACCGAGUCGUUUAUGUUAUUAACUCCGAAAAAGAGUUCACGUCCAUAUCUUGCAGCACUUCUUGCGGAGUCGACCGCUGAUGCCUCGCCUACGGAUCAGAGAGAUAGUGGACAGUGUACAACAGUGGCAAAAUCCAGAGCACCCUCUUCAUUGUGUCUUAAUACCAUGGCGAAAUCCAACACAUCCUCCUCCAGCCUAGCCGGAAAUCCAUACCUUUUGAAGCCUAAGUUUCCCGAAUGUUGAUUUUCAACAAUCGUUCUUGUCCCUGUUUCUUGUACAUAGCUGUAAAUAGACACUUCAGCUUCUGUUGGUCCCUCUUAUGAUUUCCGGUGUUCCUAUCCACGCAUUUCAUGUUGAUUUUGAA